UGUUGAUUAAAUCAUAACAUUAAGAACAUUUUACAAAGAAUUUGAUCUUCAUUUUUUUUCUUUAUGAAAUCCAAAGGGCACUACAUGUAAUGUGCUUAGAUACCCAUUACUGCAUCGAAAGAGUAUUCUAAUGUUCCAAUAAAUAAUUAAUUGAUUAAUAUGUUUUCCAUCAGGAGUGCUUCCCUACAGAGGCUCUCACCAGUUCACCUCUAUCUGGGUCACAGAGAGACUGUUCUCUAUAUAUAUAUUCAGAUAUAUAUAUAUUUUUUUCUCUGGCUAUUUGCUAGGUGCAUGUUUACUAUCUACCUCUAAUAUGUUAGCUGUUACUAAUUUAUAUAUUAUGUCUUUUAUACAAUUUUGUAACAGCUUGAACAUCUGUGGGAGAGAAUAUACUAGUUGUUUACAUUUUUGUACUGUGAGAGCAAGGGAAACAUGAUUAGAUAACUGAAGAAAAUGUAUGUUAGACUUUCUCAUGACCAACAUACUCCUAAUUUGUGAGCAAAGAAUGCAGCUUGUGAAGCUGAGACAUACAUGUAAGACUGUAUAUGUACGGAAGUUACCUUAAAAAUAACUCAAUUGCUGAAGAAGUUUCUUAAAUGAUGAGGCAUGGCUCUAAGAGAGCAUGCCUCCACACUCCACUCAGAAAUUUCACUCCACCUCAACUGAGUCCAUUAAAAUAACCACUGGCCUGGUAGUCAAGGCCAUGUAACAUAUUUAUUUCACAAUAAGGGAAAGCGCUAUCUUGUUCUAAAUUGGUCUCAGGUGAAUAAAGUAUAUUUUCAUACAGUAACUGUAAGAGGUGCCUUCAACAUGAUUUAUUUGACAAUGACAUGUUCAAAUGACCAAUUGCUAGCUUGUGCUACCUGUACCUGUGAAUGACAAAUUCAAAAGAUUCAUGGUCUACAGGAAUUAAGUGGCAUUAUCAUUCAUGAGUGCUGACAGGGUAAAGAGGAGUCUUAGUGAUAUUAACAUAUGAAGAGGAAACUUCUCCUUAAAAGUCUGCUGCUCAGACCUUAUUUUAGUAAUGUUCCAGUGUGUACAGCCAUAAACCCAGAAUCCUAGGCAUCAAAGAUGUAGGCUUUUACAGACCGUAGUUAAAAUAACAAAGCCCAGAGAAAACUGCUGACAACACAUGCCUCGAGGAUCAAGACUUCAGUAAGAAGACAUAUGGGUGUGGAUUUGAUAUGUACAGUAAAGAGAUGGGCUAACAACAUGUACAAUACUAUUUUUUAUCUCCUUUCAAGAUGAACAAGAUGUCACUCAACCUGUCUGAAUAUGGGGGACACGGUGACAUGUUAACUGGUGACAACAUCACUAAUGACAGCAGCCCGAGCCCAGUCCGUGCCUGGGACAUUCCAUGGGACAGUCCUGCAGGGAUAGCCUUGAUAGUGGCACUCUCCAUAUCAGUUUGCUGCCUCAUGGUGCGGAUCAUUCUCCAACCAUUUGUUAAAGUGUAUCACACUCUUCCUGGGAAAAUUCACUUUUGUUUGGUGGUUGCUCAAUGUUUAGUGAAGGUUACAUUUAGCAUGAGGCCUCUUUUUCUAGGAAAUCCUGUUCACUGCAUGAUAUUUGGUAAUGUGGUUAUGUGGGAGUUCCUAUCCACCUUUUUCUGGAUGAAUGGACUUGCUCUGCAUACUUUCAAAACAUUUGGGCCCAAUGCACCUACGAGUAAGGCUACCAAAAGACAGGAAUGCAGACGUCUGGGAUUUAUCUUCGCUUACGCCACACUGUCACCAACAGUAAUAAUGUCCCUGGUCAUUCUGAUGGAAAACUUAGAUAUUGAUGAAAAAUUCAAACCUGGAUUUCACAAUACAAACUGUUGGUUUCCCCAACCUUUAAACUUUGUUAUUUACACCAUGACACCAGGAGGGAUUCUCAUUUUAAUUAAUCUUUUCCUUUUCCUCAUUACAACCAAACGCAUCAGCAAAACAAUGAAGUUAUCCAACUACAUAAAAACAUCAAAGGAGAAAAGUGAACGUGCAAUUUUUAUGAAACUUUUCAUCAUGAUUGGACUUAACUGGAUAUUGUGGUUCAUUCAUGGACUGGUUAGUUUUCUUACUGGGAUAGAGGUUCUUUUCUAUAUAUUCAUUAUCAUGGCUGGUUUAGAUGGAAUAUGGGUGUUCAUAGUUACAGUCUGUACAAAAAGAGUGUGGAAUGAAUUGCGACAUUCUAUAACAACGAGAAAAACUGGUGAGCAAAAUCGUGCAACAAACACCCCAAAGGCACCAACUGGGCAUAACAAUUCCAACAGUAGUGAUAAGAUUGACAAAACUACUUUAACAGACACAAACAUUAGCUGUACUCAUCUUUAACUUUUUCCGAUUUACUUCAAUGAUGGAAACCAUCACCUAAUUAAGCUCAAUUGUU